AUUGACUGUUAACAGAAAGUACAGCUAUAGCCGCAGCAGGUUUAUGCCAUCCCCUCUUCUCUGAAGUGGACAAAAUCAUCUCCAUCAUCAAAAAAGGAUCCCCAGAGUCAUUUCUUCAUGAGACAAACCAAUACACCUGAACAAUGAAACACAGUUCAAUCCUGCUUUUGCAGCUCCUUCUGGGGACGUGCUCGGCUCACGCCUAUCAAAACGUGGCCUUGCGUGGAAAAGCGACCCAGUCAAACCGUUAUGAGCACGCAUUGGGAUCUGCCUACAAUGCUAUUGAUGGAAACCGUAAUUCUAACUACCCAGCUGGAUCGUGCACCCACACUAUUGGACAGACCAACCCCUGGUGGAGAGUGGACCUGCUGGAGUCCUACAUUGUCACUUCUGUCAUCAUCACCAACAGAGGAGACUGCUGUCCUGAAAGGCUCAACGGGGCAGAGAUUCACAUCGGCAACUCUUUACAAGACAAUGGUGCUGCAAACCCAGUGGUUGGUGUAAUUCGUCAUAUUCCAGCAGGCAAAUCUUUAGAAAUUACUAUUACCAGGCUUGUGGAGGGACGUUAUGUAACUGUGAUUGUACCUGGUUCAAGAAGGAUCCUUACACUCUGCGAAGUCGAAGUCUACGGGUACCGUGCCCCAACUGGAGAGAAUCUGGCACUCCAAGGAAAAGCCACACAGUCAUCACUGCAUUCUAUAGGCAUUCCAUAUAAUGCCAUAGAUGGGAAUCGUGCCAGCAACUGGGAAGAGGCUUCUUGUUCUCACACAAGCAAAGAAUUAAACCCCUGGUGGCGACUGGACCUGGGCAAAACCCAUAAAGUGUUUUCUGUUAACAUAACCAACUACAAAAGACAUCCCUUGUUUAUUAAUGGAGCUGAAAUCCGAAUUGGAGAUUCUCUUGAAAACAAUGGCAACAACAAUCCCAGGUGUGCGGUGAUCUCAAGCAUCACUGGAGGUUUCACCGCAAACUUCCCAUGUAACGGAAUGGAUGGUCGCUAUGUUAACAUAGUCAAUCCUGGAAGAACUGAAUAUCUGAGCUUGUGUGAGGUGGAGGUGUAUGGCUCCAGACUGGAUUAGGUCUGAGGACGUUUAAAAUUAAUAACAAGGCCAUUUCACAUUGCAGCUGAUUUCAUGAUUCUCUUGGACAGACCCAUGUCUUAAUCACAGUUUAUGUUUCACUUACAUCAUUAGAGACAGCAGUUACAUGGUUUGAGCUGCAUUAAUACAUUUUACCACUAGGUGGAAGAAGAACUCCAAAACAAGCUUUUGGAGUCAUUUUGUGUUUGCUUGAUGAAGCACAUUUAACCUUCAUCUCCUUUUAGCUUUGUUUGGUGUCCAUGACUUAGAAAAAUAUCUGGUUCUUUAGCAACUAGAUGUUCCACUUUAAUCAUCAACUAGUUGCUAGUCAUCUGCUUAGAGCUGGAAGCAUGCAGUGAGUUUUCACUGAAAACGGCUGCCUGUAGUUGUAGAGCUGAGAGAAAAAAAAAUAUAGACAAACAAGAAGACUGUGGUUUUCUGUUUUGACACCCUGUACAUUACACAUAAUAAUAUUACUGUAAAUAAGAUUAGGUUAUGCUAGAACUAAGUUGUAAGACGCAUUGUCCAACCAGAAAUCAAAAGUAUUUAUAUUUGUUCCGAACUAUCACACCCGAAGGUUGAAAAGCUUAAAAGUUUAAAUAUAGAGAUAACACAUUUUCAGACUGUCUAUCCUAAAAGACAUUCAUAGUACUACACUUUGUUGAAAGAGACAGAAAGGUUUUUCAUAACAUGUCAAAAUACUUUCUGUGAAAAAGAUUAUUAAAACUGAUACCAAAACAUAAACCCCCCUCAGUAUCGUCAAAUUAGUAAUAGAUAGUCUUGGAUAGGGUUUGGGGUUAUA